AUGGUCUCCCUUUGGCCCUGGAGGGGCGAGGAUAACUCCCCAGCAAACUUUGAAAAAACCCUGUCCACUCUAUCCACCAAGAUCGCAGAGGCCACCACUCGUCUUGACCAGCACCGCUCCUCUGCUCGCCGCUUCAAAGCUCUCUGGACUCUCUAUUCAACCUUUGCAUAUCUCUUCUACAGCAUCAUUCUUGCUCUGGUGCUAGGAUGGGAGAGCUGGGGCGUCAAGGAGUACGCCGCCAUUGCUGGCGGGCCCGUCCUAAUUUACGUGGUUCGCACACUUGGGUCCCGCAUCUUUGAAUACCGCAUCACCAGGAUCCAGCGCCGCCUGGACGACUACAACAAACAACGCGACGCGACGAUCGAGAAGCUCAAGGUCGCCACCAAGUACAACUCUACCCAACAGCUUCUAGAAAAAUACGGCGGCGAAUCUCCCAAACAAUUCCCAUCGCCGAACAACAACGCAGGACCCGGAUCAACCGAGAAACGCAACCCGUCUACUCCGUCGCAACCUGUAGCCAGAACAGGUCUACCCCCACCACCCACAGCCAAUAUCCGACGUGCUCCUCCCCCGGGUCAACAGCCACCCCUUACCGGACCCCCCGGUACAUCCCCAUCCCCACCGCCAGGCUUCGGCCAGGAAUCGGGCGAGCAGCAGUUCCCACCGAACACGCCUUCCCCCGCCCCUCCGUCUCCUAUCCCCCAGCCCGACGAACCUGGCUUCGCGCCGAACGCCUUCCCCAGCAGUUCCGGUCAAUACAUUGAACAGCCACACUGGUAUGACCGACUCCUCGACGUCCUCCUCGGCGAGGAUGAGAUGCAGCCGCGAAAUCGAAUGGCUAUGAUCUGCGAGUCUUGUCGGUUGGUUAACGGCCAGGCUCCACCGGGGAUCAAGACACCGGAAGAGCUGGGUCGAUGGAGAUGUGGCAGUUGUGGGGCUUGGAAUGGAGUUGAGAGCGAGACUACCAAGAUGCUCUCCAGCUUGAGGCAGCGGGCGCCUGGUCAGGGAUCUUGGGAUGCCGGACGGGAGGACGUCCCGGGGCAAAUUGAAGAAGAAGACGCAGUCUUUGUGCAGAAUAGCGAGGGGGCUGCCGAGUCGGCCAAGGAGGAAUCUGAGGAGGAGGAAGUCGACCAGGAAGAAGAAGAGAAGAGCGAGCCCGAGCCAGUGAGACGAUCCAAAAGGAAGGGCGGGAAGAAGUAG